AAUGAACAGUUCGAUAUUGCUAUUAAGCCAUUUACGUAAAGUAAAACUCUCACAUAACACUCCAAUUACAUUACUUCCUCUAAUCAAAGAUAACGUCUGCAGCAAAACAUUUUUUUAUCUCAACGCAUAAGAUACCUGACAAUAUGAAGAGUGUGUCAUCAGUGGCAGAAUUUAGAGAUAGUGUAGUAAAUCAAUCGUUCCGAAAGCUUACAAGCGUGCAGAUGUGAAAAGAAAAGAAAAUAUUCAGUGCUUGUGUAGUAUUUUGACACCGAAAUGUACCAUUUUCCAGAUAUAUUGGUUUUCCUGUGCUUAUUCGGCAGUGGCUGCUUCUUUGGUUACUACUGCAAGUAUGCCUACGUCUACGACAAUCUGUGGGUGCAUUGGCACGCUAUGCUCGGUGCCGUUAUAGCGUUGGCCUUGGCGGGCGGCUUGACAUUGCGCAAAUACCUAAAACGCCAGCACAGCUAUGAUCACUUCUAUGUGAUUUUCUACGGUCUGAUAUGUUAUGUUAUCAGUUGUUGCUUUAUGCUGACGGACAACUUAAAUAUUUGCUUUUACUUCGGCUUCAUCGGCAUUGGCACCACGCUUAUACCCUGCUACAGUUAUAUUAGCCUGCGCAGUUCAUCUCAGGGCGUGCGUCCUGCGCGCAUAGCGUUCGGUAACACUCUCUACUUCGGUGGUUUCGCAGUGGGCUUUAGUGUUUUCAACGAAUUCGAACCGAUCUUUUGCGGUUGGAUCUUUUUGGGCAUUUCGCUCUUCAUGCUCGCCGGCGUGGUGGUGAAUGAGGUGCUGCAGCACUUGGGUGUGCACAAUUACAAAGUAUCCUUCGAUCUCGCCUUCAAUCUGCUGAAUGAGGAAAAGCUCGUCUUCUUGCCGAACAAAGCGAUCUAUGCGCUCUUUGUGGGCCGUGAUGAUUUCUAUGUGAAGCGCAACCGACAAUGGUUUGUUGUGGGCGUGGCUGCAGUUUUGGUGCUGGAGCGCGCACUGUUGUACUCUUCCUCGUAUUUACAGCUGGCCUGGAGCUCCACAUUUGCUUAUAUGGGCACGCAGCAUUUGUAUGGUCCAUUUAUGCUCUACAUGCUCGGCUGUGCAUUGGGUUGCGCUUUGAUGGCGCGUUACAAGUCGAAAUUGUUGUACCUGAUGUUUGGCGUCAUUAAAAUUACGGCGCUCUCCGCUUUACUGGGUGUUUACGUUGAUAAUGCCACGGAGCAAUGUUUCUACUUUCUGUGCUUCUACUACACCUGCAUCGGCGUUUAUUCCAGCGUAGCUUUUCAAAUUGUGCUCGAGUGCACACCAUUGCUCUAUACGGAGUCGGCUUUCGCUGUCGCCUAUGUUAUGGAACUGCUUGUCUUGGAGGCCUUAAAAUAUGAAACGUUGGCUGAUGACGUCUGGCAAGAGUUGCUGGGAAUCGGUAUAUUCAAUAUACUGCUGACAGCAGUCUGCAUUGGACUUGUCUGCAUUUUUGUGCCUCGCUCACGUGGUCUCAUUGAGAUGCGCAAUAAACUGAUGGGUGUGCGACGACGACGUCCAUCGACGCCGCCGCAAACCAAGCUAUGGAAUACCAAUUAUUUCAUGUACCAUGAUCUUCAGCCGGACGAUGUGCGUUGUGUGAAGUUGGAUGGCAAUCGCGUGUUUCAGCAGUACCCGAAAGAAUCGGAGGUGAAGGUGGAACCGCCUAAUGUAGGCGAGCGGCUAGCGAGUAUAUGUUCCGGAAAGGGCACUUUCUAUUGAUGAAAUUCUGAGUUUAUUUAGAGCUUUGAGCGAAUUUCGAUAUUUUAAAAUUUUUCAAUUUUAACUGUAAUCUAAUCUAUAACAAAAAUAAAUAAAAAAAAUAUUAAGAAAUUAGAUUUCAAUAGUACGUUUAGAAAGAUAAAUUUCAUGGACCGCGUGUAUUCAAAUUUCAAAACUUAGUCGUUGUAUUUAUGCACUAGACUCGAUGAAAUGUUUCUCGAGAUUAUAUAG